AUGAGGUACACAUUUACUGGAGAUCUUUUCUAUGAACCCACCUGGAUUCUUUGGCUUCUUUUGGAUCAACAGUAAAAACACAUCUGAGAUAGACUGAAAUUGAUGGAUGCAAGUGUUUAUUCAUGCUAUAUAACUAUGUAUUUAUGUAACAUGAUUGGAUGCACAAAAAGGAAAGGUGGUAGGUAUCCUCAGAUGGUAUAUGGAAUUAGAUAAAUGGGAGAAUGGAGAAGUCUAUAGUGUAAUACCUUGUUUUUUAAAUGAAGCAUGGAAAAAAGAGAUGCACUUACAGGAUGUGUAGCUGUCAAUUAAUCCUGGUUUGUUGUGCUUUAGAAUGUGUGGUGUAUCUCUUUAUCCAAAUGAAUAGUCUAAAGAGCAUGCAAUAAAAACAAAAUUUACACUAUAUAGUGCAGUAUGUAAGGGCAGUAUAAGCUAGUAGAAUAAGUAGUUAGAAUUACACUCACAUGUGAUGGAACCUCCUGAUGGCUCCUUUUUAAACAGCGUGUAGUGGUAUAAUCCCCACUCUUGGAUUAUUGGAUAAUUAGUGUCUUCUCAAUGGUAUGUAUACAAGAGAACAAAAGCAACAAUAUAGUGAACACUGUAUAAAAAAAUAAGUGUAAAUAAAUGAAAAUCAACUUGCUAGUAUAAGAGCAAAGGUUAGGUUUAAUCGAAUCCAUAAGGUAGUAGAAUAAAAUAGGAUGGCCCAGGGAUUUUGAAAUAAUAUAUCAAUCUUUUUAUGAUAUAAUUAAUAUAUAGCACACAAUUGUAGAUAGGUAUGGCGUGAAUAAUGAUGGCAGCACAACAUCUUAAAAUUAUAAAAUAAAAUAAUAAAUAUUAAAAAAGUUGAGUCUGGCCAUCUUGACGGCCAGGCCCCAUCCCAAAUUGAUCUUUUUAACUUUUUAAUAUCUCUAUUUUUAAGCUAUUGGGUUGAAUGUUGUUUAAUGUAUCUGUUAGUGAAUAUUUUAUUGUUAUUUAAAUUAUGAAUUUGCCCUGGCAUUUUUACAGUUUUAUGUGUGGUGACUUUUUAUUUUUGUUCUCAUAUAACAGUUUUCUGUUUUUAGUCCAUUUCUCCUGUCUGAUAUUGGCUUAAGAUUUUAUAUUUAUAAAUACAGUAGCCAAUAUUCUGUAGCCCUACUUGUCUCCAGAGAUCCAACCUGUGUAUUGUAUCUAUUUUGCUAAGGUAUUUAGAGCUCUAGGGUAUUUAGCCCUCCCUUCAUAAUAUAUAAUGCAUAGCUGUUUUGUUAAAGCCUUCUGCUGUAAUUCCCUCACCGAUUGCAUGAGACAUGUGACCAACUAUCAAGAUCUCCCCAUUCUCUACCUAUAGUAAACAUCUAAUUUACUAAGUCCCAUUUUUUUAAGCCUGAUGAACCGCUCGGUGCCAUCUCUGAACUUAUUUUUUGAUAUUUUUUUUUAUCAUUUUAAGCUAAUUUUAGGAUAUUUUUAUCAUAAUUCCCUCCAUAUCAUAGCAGAGUGUGAAUAAAAGGGACACAACUGCCCUGCGUCAUUCAAAUGUACCAGUUUAGAGAUUCAGUGUGGUCAAAGUUCAAGCAUACUGGCUUAAUGAACAAUCACUGUACCUACAGACAAUGGCGAAAUGCAUUUAAGUGAAAAUAACAUAUCAAACCCACUAAACUUUUGGAAAAUCAUAACCCCCACAAUCCACUCCAAACCCUCCACUGUCAAAAUGGACAAUCAAACCCUGUAAUACCCCUAGAUGUAGCAAAUGCCUUUAAUUAUUAUUUUGUUUGGUGUGCUACCACCCUGAUUGCUAAGAUGAAGAAUGACAAUUGUUUUCAGACCACACAUGCAGAUCAGGAUCUGCUAAAUCUGCAAAUUCCUCAAGUAGAGAAAUCCAAUUUUAGACCUGUUCAUGUUAGUGUCAUUAAAAAACAUCUUAAUUUAAAAAUGAAAAACCAGUGUGGACCAGAUAGAAUCCCAGCAAUGUUGCUGAAGCUUAGUGCGUUGGCAAUUGCUAAACCUGUCACUACCCUAUUCAAUGAAUCCCUGGUGUCUGGAUACAUACCCAAACUUUUGAAGACUGCAAAAGUAAUACCUAUCCAUAAACGUGGUGACAAUACUUUGGUAUCUAACUAUCAUCCGAUAUCAUUGUUCCUGUAUUGUCAAAAAUCUUGGAAAAAUGCAACUAUGUGAAUAUUAUCAACAAUCAAACUAUCUGACCCCUGAUCAAUCAGGCUUUCGUCCAAGUCACUCAACUAUGACCGCCCUCUUAAAAGUUUGCAAUGACAUCCAAAUUGGCAUGGAACAAGGAGCUAUUUUUCUUGAUUUUGUGAAUGCCUUUGACACAAUAGACUUAAAAACUCAGAUAUUGGUGAUCGUCCAUUAACUUGGAUUUGAUCAUAUGUAUCAGACUGAUUGAAUAUGUGACCAUUUCUGAUAGCGCCUCCCUCCCUCUUCCAGUCACAUGUAGUGUUCCCCAACGCUCCAUACUAAGCCCUUUACUAUUCAAAUUUUUUAUAAAUAAUCUGACUAGCGUCUGCAAAUCCUCAACUGUACACAUGUAUGCAGACAACACUGUAAUCUACGCUAGCAAACCCAAUCUACUGCAGCAUGAGUCCGUGCUCCAAGACCAGUUCACAGAGGUAGAAAAGUGGAUAACAGUUAACAAACUCUUCCUAAACACUGACAAAACUGUUACAAUGAUCUUUGGAACUGUACCUAGAUUACGUAAACUACAAAAUCAACAACUGUGUAUCAGAACAAAUUAAAUAGCACACUGACCGCAGUCAGUUCUUUCAAAUAUCUAGGUAUGUUGCUAGACUCCAAUUUAUUAUUUUGCCUUCACAUUGAAAAAAUCUCUUCAAAACUCUAUCCAAAACUAGGUGCCUUGUACAGUACAAAUCCUGAUAAGCCCUACAGUAAGGAAACAGUGCAACAAAUGCUAAUGCCAGUCAUUGAUCAUGGGGAUGUAGUGUAACCCACCGUCAUAAACUUAAUACAUUAUAUAAUUCAUUCUGCCGCUUUGUACUAGAAUGUAAUUACUUGACCUACCAUUGUGACAUGUUAAAAGAGCUAAACUGGCUGUUGCUGGAAUCCCGACAAAAGCUUCAUCUUUCCAGCCUUGUGCUUUUCUGGGAAGCUCCCAUCCUAUCUCAAAUCCCACUUCCUAUAACCUCCAGUACUAGCACAAUAUUUAGCAAUACAAAAAAAAAGUAGCUUGAUCCUGAUUUUCCGCAAUUAUGGAAUAACCUCAAGGACACAGUAAAAUCUUCAUUCAAUCUAAAAUCUUUUAAGAGAUCUAUGGUAAUAAACCUCAAUACAGAUUAUAAUGCCGCUCCCACCUGUCUAUCCUCCCUUAUACACAAGUAUGUCUCGUCUAGGCCCUUACGAUGUGCUGAAGACUUACAUCUAUCUUCUGUCCAUACUCCCACCUCUGAUGCUCACCUUUAAGAUUUCGCAAGGGUUCCACCGUUCCAGUGGAACUCACUUCCCUCGUCCAUUAAAUGCUCACCCAGUCUCCACUCCUUCAAAAAAUUGUUAAAAACCCACUUCUUCAUAAAAGCGUAUCAAUUAAACUGUUAAUAGCUCCCGACAGAUUCCUCUUCUGCAACUGUCACUAGUCUAAUACUAUCCUUACCUUUUUGUGUCAUUUUACCCCACUCCCUCUAGCAUGUAAGCUCAUUGAGCAGGGCCCUCAACCCCUCUGUUUCUGUGUGUCCAACUUGUCUGGUUACAACUACAUGUCUGUUCGUCUACCCAUUGUAAAGCGCUGCGGAAUUUGAUGGCGUUAUAUAAAUAACAUAAUAAUAAUAAUGUGUUACAUUUAUAUAUGUGUAUAUAUUAUAUAUACAUUGUUUGUAUAUUGUAUUUGAUGUAAUAUUGUAUCCUAUUGUAACAAUGCAAUGUUUUGUGGACCCAGGACUUGAAAUGAGAGGAAUCUCAAUGUAUCCUUCCUGGUAAAAUAUUUUAAAUAAAUAAAUAUGUACAAUUGUGUGCUAUAACUUGUAAAGUGAUUUUUAAUAUUGUGUAUGCAAAUUGUAUUACGGUAACUAUGAUGCCAAACUUUUCCACUACUAUAAGUGCCCAGGUCAUUGUAACACUUUGAGAAUGCCUGGUUUUGUGGUGAAAUGAGGUUGUGCUGUUAGUAUACUUUGUUUUUGCUAUUUUAUCUAUUUUAUUUAUAUUCUACUACAAAUAACCUCUGGCUAGGGUUUAUAUGGCAUGCUGUCACUUGAAACCUACUACUGUUUACUUCUUUUUUGUCUUGUUUACUAUAUAUAUAUAUAUUUUUCUAUUACAUUUAAAAUGAAUCAUGCAUCUAUGGAGCUUCAUAUGCCUUUUAAUUUGUAGUUGAGUUAAAGGAACACUAUAGGGUCAGGAACACAAACAGAUAUUCCUGAACCCCGUAGUGUUAAAAAUACAAUCUAACCCCCCUUAUCCCCUUAAAUAUAGCAAAAUCUUACCUUUAUUCCAGUCUGCUGCUACUGGCUCUGCCCUUGAUCUGCCUGCUUGGCUGAUAUUAUCAUAAGUGAUGUUCUGAACCAAUCACAAUGCUUUCCCAUUGUCACGUAUUCAUCCGCUUAUAGAAAUGUGGUUAAUGACAUUUACUGUCCUCACAGGAAAAGUUGUGCCGAGCAGCAACCUAAUCCACAGAAGGUUUAAUGCUGAGCAGUAAUUGUGCAAAUGAAACCUGGUCUCAUGUAUUCAUCCGCUUAUAGAAAAGUGGUUAAUGACAUUUACUGUCCACACAGGAAAAGUUGUGCCGAGCAGCAACCUAAUCCACAGAAGGGUUAAUGCUGAGCAGCAAGUAUGCAAAUGAAACCUGGUAACUGACUUUGGGGUCAAAGGCCGGUUACAGCCUAUCAGAAAGAAAGGAGGGGUAUUUAGGCCCAGUUCUCAGCCUGCUCAGUGCCCUGUCGUGGUUUCCCUUGUGGUUGUCCGAGAGCGCGUUCCUGUUUAUAGUUUUCUACCUGGUUUUUGACUUUGGCUUUGUUUAUUGACUUCUCUAUAUUCUGGUAUCCUGACUCCUGGCUUUCCUCAUCGCUGUGUCCCUUUCUGUGUUCCCUGACCUCGGCUAGUAUUUUUGACUAUUCUUUGUACGUUAAAUCCGGCCAUUCUAAGGACCGGUAAUACGUUACUUAUUUGUCAUCCGUGCUGUACAGUUCUACGUUCUGGAUCAAACAGUAAUCCUGACACCCAUAGGAGGCAGAUCAGGGGUAAGCCAGCACAAGCCAAACACAGUACUGACCAAUCAGCAUCUCCUCAUGUGAUGAAUCAAUGCAUCUCUAUGAGAAAAGUGCAGUGUCUCCACGCAGAGAGUAGAGACACUGAAUGGCAGUGCUGUACACUGUGCAGCACUGCCCCAGGAAGCACCUUUAGUAGCCAUCUGAGGAGUGGCCAGUGGAAGUAUCCCUAGGCUGUAAUGUAAACACUGCAUUUUCUCUGAAUAUACAGGGUUUACUGUAAAAAGCCUGAAGGGACUGAUUAUACUCACAAGCUGUAGUUGUUCUGGUGACUAUAGUGUCCCUUUAAUGAAACAUUAGUUUCAGUAAUAAAAUGUAUACAUAGAAACAAAGGGUUAGUCCACUCUUCGGUUAAGAGCUAGGGCACAAAGCCCUAUGCAUGCACCUUAAAAUGUAACAUGCAUUUCUCUUGCAGUUAUUCUUUAUCUGUUCAAAUAAUAAAUGCAUCUUUUAAGGGUAACUGUUACGUUAUUUUCAUGGGUAACAUAUGCAGAUCAAAUAUGACUAUUUUCACAGAUGUCCUGAAGAUAAGGGAUACACUUUGGUAGACAGACGUUUUUCUCAGUAUCAUAAGAGGUGAGCUAUAUAACACCUAUUCAGUUGGAGGCUUUUAUUUAAAUUCUACAAACCAUGAGACAAUACAGAAAGGACUAUCCUCGGUUUUCUAUUAUAUGUUCAGAGAUGUAGAAUUGCUUUUAACAUGAUAUGGCAUAUUGCUGUCACCCUUUAACAUAGUAUUUCAUCUACAAGAAAUAGAAUUCCUGCUGUCUUCACCCAGUGUGCAACUCAGUAAAUACCUUAAUAUGAUUUAUGAAUUUGACACAGUGUAAUAAUUUUCCAAUUAUUUUUAAUCCAAGCCUUUCUGGUUCAUUGUUCCAUGUUUCUAUAUAAUUUGCUAAAUGUUUAGUGCAAUUUAUCUUUCUGGUUCUUCUGUCACUUGUAGCUUCAUUUGUACUAAUAUGAGAGCAGAACUUGCCUUGAUUUUUGUUUUAUCUUAAUUUCAUUUUUUUUUUUUUUUUUGCAACAAAGUAGAACAAUAAAUAAAAAUAUAUAAAUCCAUCAUGGUGACUAAACAUGUUUCAUAAGAGCUCCUUGGGACAUAAAUAGCAAAGUCCAAUUACUGGCUGUUCUAACUAAAUUACUGAAGCUUGCAACACACUCUCUGCUGUCUGAUUGACAGACUGACUGACCAUUCGGGGAAAGCUUCCCGCGAUCACCAGUAUCAGUACAGAUGCUGAUGUCAGCUGAUAUAAGUGUGACCUAGCAGGCCCUGAGGAAGGGUGAUGUGGACGUCUCCUGGCCCAACGAAGGCAGAACUCAGAAUCUUGCAAUAUUGGCCUGCUACCGCAAUUCGACUUGAAGGUGCCAAGUCCCAUCAGUGGUCUGUGGUGGUGCAGCAGAAGCCACUGAUGCCAAUGGUGGUACACAUAAAAUGGCAGAUGCCACGUGUACCCUUGAUUACCACAGAGAGGCAUCCACCAUUCUACACCACCUGGAAACAGUGUUUGAUGCUUUCUGGAGGAAGCUGAGGAGAAAGCAGACCUUGACAGAGGUCAUUAAGUCACCUCAUAGACUGUCCAGACGACCCCCAUGUCACUCUUCAUCAAAGGCCCAGCACGCCUGUGGCAGCGGUGGCCUCAUCGAUAUGCCUCGAAGAAGGCAGUGUGCAGACCAGCCCCACCACUGA